AUGCUAUACGAUAGCGGUAGUAGCAACAAUACGCACGGCUCCAAGCUCAACCUAAUCGAAGCUGGCUCUUCCCCUGCCGCUCACCUGGAGUCUUCCACUGCUCGGCCUGGACCGAGCUCGGCACCCAUUACGGACUUCGGGCCUGCUAUCAAUCAAGGUCCAACAUGGAGGCCACGUCUACAUCCAGGCUCGACUGCGCUAGGCAAGCCCGACUUCUUUCCACCCGAUACCGAUGCAGAGCAGCUUACGGAGCAAGUCAUCCGCUUAGGUAUCACUAAUCGGCCUGCUGUCGGAAACGAAACCAUGACCGCAAACGACAUGAUCUAUGACAGGUUGACUGGCGCCAAUGUAUUGGACACUAUGGGCUCCAUGAUGGACGAGAUCCUUAUGCGGAGAGAAGAGCUACAGCGCGAUAAGAUCAGUUCCUCGUCGCAUCGCGCCCCGCCACGAGUCACGCUCAACGAAGUCAAGCUGGCGGCAUACAUGAGGGAUCUGGGAGACCCCAGCGUCCCCUUGCAGCGACUCGCUCGAAGCGUGCCACACGGUUACAGGGGUGAGCGUAUGCUGGAUAUGCUAUGGAUGGGAGGUGUUGCGCCGACGCCAGCAUCAUCCUCUGCUGCGGCGGCAGCGGCUGCCCGAUCAUCUGCCACCGCUUCUCAAGCCGCUAGUGUGCUGCCUCAAAGCCCGCGCAAUCCCGUCGAGUUGCAUCGAGCAGUGUGGUUCAUACGAGUCGUCGGCGCCAGCGAGAUUUCCUCUUCGCGUGCUCGUCAGAACAGCAACUAUACAGCAGAGUGGACAAGCACUUUUAACGGGUGGCUACGUAAGCAGCUCGCCGAACUCAAUAUUGCUCCGACAGCAUCCAUGUAUCAAGCAGCUCAUUCAUCUCCAGCUUCCCCGGCCCCGACUAAUCGCACGCCCGCCCAUGCACGGUCUCAGCCUAUCGCCGCAUCUUCGCCAUACUCUGCUAGCGCCAAUGGGCACAGCCUGAUAUCAUCUCGUGACUCCAUCAUACUGCAGCAGCCCGAUCUGGAGGCGCGUUGGUUCGCCAAAUGGGAGUACAGCAUCGGACUGGCUCAAGCACUCGUUGCAGAGUCCCUUCUUGACAUUCGGGUUUUUGCGCUCUGGAUCUUCGAGCAGCUCGGCACCGCUUCGCUCGCCCAACUGCCAUUCGUCUUGACUUUGGCUCAAGAGCACGCAUGGGUCGCUUUGGAUGCGCUCAUUUUGCAAAGGGCGUUGCUGCAGUCCUUGUGCUCGUGCAUCACCGAGCUUCGCAAAGCUGAGCUGCCAGAGGACAAUAAAAAUACGCAUCUCAUUCUCAAAGAGGCAUGCGCACUUGUCAGGUUCCUCUUCGACUCAGACUCGGACGCGUUCGUCUCUCCCAAGCUUUGGUCGCAGUAUGGGGCUACUAUACGCAAAGUCGUUGAUGAUUCUCAUGACGAUGUCGAGACUUCUCGUGCGGCUGCACACAGGCGCGAGAAGCUGAACAACAUCGACAGGCGAGCUCAAGCGUGCCUUCUCGGUGAUCUCGUUGUCUCCUCCGAUGAAGUCUCGGCUUCCCGCUGCGAUGUUGAGGUGAGCCCCCAGCAGCGGCCCGAGACGUGAGUGUGCGCAAACAUCGACUGACUUACUGACAUGCACCCACUGAAGCUGCUGGACGACUUUUCUGUGGAUGAUUUGGACGUCGAAGCACUUGCGGAUGCGUAUUUUGCACGUUCCAAAGCGCAGUACUCCAUCCAGGACAAACUCUGCAACGUUCUGAUCUGGGCCACAACGCAAUGGCGAAGCGGCCAGCAUCGUCCAUUACUCGCAGCACGACUUGUUUGGACCUACCACAGCCGAUCGCAAGACGCGAGCGCCAGGCUAGCUCACGGCUGGCGUGCUGUGGAUCUGCAAACGGUGCUCUUCGACUGGCUGUCUUCAGUAGACAAGGCUCAGCGAGAUCGCGGCAAUCCGCCUUCAGCCGUACUACAAUCGCUAGAAUUGGAGAGUGUCAUCAUUCUCGUCGGUGAGCUCAUACGUCUGGGCUGUUUCUCAUUCUCCAAGUAUCUCCAGCGCCUAACAGCGCGGGGCAUGACAGCGGGUCCGACAGCGCCUCUGAAAGGCACCCCGCCAGGAUCUUUUCAAGCUUCGCAGGCCUCUUCUGAAUCCGAAGCUUCAUUACAUCAGCGAGUUCUACGCUCCGUGCCGCUUGCAGCUGCGACUCCAGCACUAUCGAGCCAAAGACGAUCUGCCAUCUAUGGCACACGCCUCAAAGAAUCCCACGAGGAGGCGUCGGAGCGCAGGCUACGACGCGAGCUUUCCAAUGCCUUGCCUUGGCUUCACGGCGCCUCUCCUCAAGAAGGCAAUAAUGCGUCAUCGUCAUCUGUGUGGAAGGAACAAGUUCCACAUUUAUGGUCCGCCUCGCGCUUUACGCUGGCUAAGGUCAUCACAAGUGACCUCAUGCCAAGUAUACACUCCCUCGAAAGGAGUCUGACGGUUGACGAGAUAUGCAUUCUGGAAGUCAUUCUAGCACACGCCCGCGAUCACGUUGCUUUGUCACAGGUGCGUCCGCUCCCAUUACGCAGCCAGUCUUUCGCAGUACUUACGAUCGGCGCCCAAAUCUAAUGCAGCUGCUCAGCAGUCAGUUGCUCUUACUUGCUUUCAUGGAAGACAGCGAAGCGUUGGAGGUCUUGACCAGCUGCAUCUGCAAACAUGCUCUGUGCUUUGCCGCGCUGGACACGUUGAAUCAGUUGUCAAGUGCCGUAUCCGACCUGUACAUCCAAUGCGCUGGCGACGACAUUUCACCUUGGGGCGCUUCUUGCUCGGAAGCUUUUCAACGGGUCGCUGCCUUGCGAAACCUCCGCCGGCACAUCUCGUGCAAUCGCGAAGAAGAGCAGACAUCGGCCUCUAAAGGCCAUUGCCGGACAGAAAGCCGUCCAUCUGGUCAUCUACAUGAUCAAUUUGUUGAGAUUGCACGACGACUAGCCAGUGACCUUGAUGUGCGUGCAGCAAUGAGAAGCGUGCAGGCCAUUGCAGGUCCCAUAGCGGGGCAGAGCAUCCUCAGCGCAGCACUCCACGUUGUCUCAGAGGGUGCCUCGGAUGGGGCAACGAUCGCUCUCGUGCAAUGGGUCAGGCAUGCCACUUGGACUGCUUCAGACCUUCAUACUGUCCUGCGCUCGUGGGCAAGUCAAAGCGAGCACAAUGCCGCCAACGAGGGGUCAGAGCUUUUCUUGCUGCGCUGCGUCGCGUCAGGCGCGCUUCGAAUGCGAGAUCUGUACGCGUCUUUCGUUCUGCCAGCUCUGGAGCUCGAGGCUGAGGAAAAUGGCGCUCCUCCAAUCGAAAAACAGAACAAACGGAGCAUCAAAGUAGCAACUGUCGCAGCCAUAAUCAAAGGCUCGAGUUCGCCAAGAGAAACCAGCGCAGCGCUCCGCCUCGACUCGCGUCACCGACUCCGGCUGGAAGCCGAAUCGGCCACCGUCACGGGGUCAAUUGGUGAGACCUCCUUGCUCUUCCGCGUAUUGGUCCUGCUGCUGCACCUGCCCAACCACGAUGCAGCCGUACUAGCUUGUAAUGAACUCUUGUCCAACCUCUCGGUGCGGUGCUGCAUCAUGAUCAAGGCUUUCGAGCUGUUCAGCAUCGUCAGCGAGGUCAGUCGCUCUGUCUGGGGCUCAAAUCCGAGUCAGGUGCUCUCGCAGGUCUUUGCUAGCGUCAACCAAGCAGGGCUGUCCACCGUCAAUCCCAGCUCAAUCGAUGCCCAGAUGAUCUUCCAACGCCUCGAUCCUUGGAGAUGCAACCUGACUGUGGCAGAAAUCGCUCACAUCACUGGGAAGGUAGCAACUGCAGAUGCUAGCGAACAUCUUCGCAGCCAAAACGCUCUGACAUCCUUGUCUGUAGCCAUCUUCGAGCCCUUGUGUCUCGCGUCGAACUCAAGCCUCCAAAAUCAGCUCAUACGUCAUACCAAGCACAUCAGCACAUUUCAAGGUCGACUUGUGGAUCUUUGCAUAGAAGAAUUGCUCCGACACCUGCACAGCUCCAGUAGGAGAGCGGGACCAACGCACUCUUGGCUUCAUGACAGUCUGCAAACGCUCGCACAAGUCUUGCACAGCCAGACCCGCGCUUCCAUCAGCCCUCAUACUCUGAUCCUCGCUAGUCAGCUCCUUAACGCUAUCGCUGCGGGGUUCGAAAUAACGUCAAGCAGCAGAGACUGUCGGGACCUUAGCUUGAUCCCGCUGGAUGUGAGUGUCCGUGCGAGCCUGGGGUGUGCGCGUCUUGCUGGCUUGUGGACAAGUGCAGAUGCCCGCUCUACGGCGCCGAGGCUCCUCGAGGCUAUGUGCGCUUGUGCUGUGAAUUGCAGUCUCGAGGCGUUGAACGACUUCGACGUCAUUGUAGACGCAAUGUCUGCUCUCAUGGAAGAUAUGCCGCCAGAUUGUGUCUCGAGCGCCCAGACGUCCAUCUCAAGCAUCCUCGCUCAGGUUUGUGUUCGGUCAGCAAUACCCGACUUUGCUCAAGCGCGACUACAAGCCCUGGCGAUGCCCGCCACAAUCACAACCCAAACACAUUUCGCCGGGGCCACCAGCGAUAUUAUCCUAGCAAGUAGCAUGACAUCGGCCGCUGUCAAAGGCAACUUCAGUCAAGCGCCUUUCAAAGCCUGGGAGCUUCAUGACCACAUGGAUGCCGACACAUUGUCCAGAGCACAAGCCCGUCUUCCGGGAAGCACGAUACUCGGCGGCGGGUCUGCUACUAGCCAUCCACCCUCAGUAUCGAUGAUUGACGCGGAUGAGGUAGGCUACGCUGCUGUCAACUUGGCAAACAGCGGAUCUGUCUCGCUGCUUCAAGUCGGCGCAGUGAAGACUCGCGAGCGCGUGGCCAGCGCCUCCGGCCUCAAUGAUUACAUGUAUCCGACGCGUAGCCCUCACACCUCAAUCGGAGCGGACGAACCCGAGCAUUGGGCAGCGCACGAAUCUGAGCGCACGUACGGUGAAGGAAGGGCAGGGGACACGACGUACGCUCGUGAUGCUCGAACGGGCUCCGACCUGCUGGCUCUGGACAGGGCGCGAGAGGACGGCGGCGAAGCAGCUUUGAUACCCGAAGAGCUUCGAGCAGCCGAUCGUGCUCUUGCGCAACGUGCACUAGCAGCAGCAGCAGCUGAAGCUGCUGCGCGUGCGGCUGAAGAAGCAGUCAAGAAAGCUGAGGCUGCGGCUGCCUUGGCAGCUGCUGCGAAAGUGGUUCAGACAACACCACAACGUCCCAAGCCCGUUUCCAAAGGCACUAGACAGGCACCUGCCACGUCUGCCAAGAGUAGAAAGCGCAAAGAACCACCUGACUCACCAGACACAGCGUCUCGAUCGAGCACCCGAGGUGGACGUGGAAGAGGGCGGGGACGAGGUAAAGAAGCCAAAGCCGUGUGA